AUGCCGUACGCAGCCACAUCCGGUCGUAAAGCGGAUUCGGAGCUGCCAAGGCCCUACAAAUGUCCUAUUUGUGACAAGGCGUUCUACCGCCUUGAACACCAAACUCGACACAUACGCACGCACACCGGCGAAAAGCCUCAUGUCUGUACAUUCCCUGGCUGUUCCAAGCGGUUCAGUCGCAGCGACGAGCUGACACGUCAUUCUCGAAUCCACACAAAUCCAAACUCGCGCAGAAGUCAAAGGGCAAACACCCAGGAGCCUUCUCUCAAAGAGGAGUCCUCAGAGUACUCUCCGUCUGUGGCGAGCAGUGGCCAGUCAGCGCGUUCUUCCCCAGGUAAAAUGAUCUCGUCCAGUGCACCGAGUGCCUCGAAUAAUACAAACAAGCACAGCCCCCCGAACGCUGUCACACCCGUUGUUGCGACGUCACAACUUGCCGCCUCCCCUUCGAACAAUGUGGGGUACUCCACCGCCCCCACCGUGCAGCCCAUUUUGACAGCAUCUUCCUCGCAGCAAUCUCUACCACAGCAGGUGCCAUAUGUCUAUCCAUCUCAGCAGUCUGCAUCCAUGGUAAAUAUGUCUCUUCCGUCGUCGCCUCAGUUCCAAAGCAGUCACUGGGGCCAACCACAGCAGAUGUCAAGGUCGCACCUGGAUAUUCAUGCUUUAGCAGCAGCAGCAACGAAGGAACUCGAGCGAGAGCGUGCCGCAGAGGCUGGUGCGGCCGCUUUUGCUCAAAUCCUUCCUAUACAAUCUAGGAGCUCCAGUUCAAGAGCCGGAUUCACUCGUCAACGAUCAAGCCCGGCCCUGACCAGCUAUUUCUCCGCACAUCAUACCCCUUAUGACCGACCAUCACGACCUAGCCACAUGAACCCUUUAAGUGGACCUUUGCGACCCUCCAGACCUGGCUCUCCGCACUCGUCGUUGCCAGCCAGUCCAGGGAUAUCCCGAACAGGGUCUCCCGUCGACACACCGCUCACCACGCCAGGACCAUCUCCAAGGUUAGCUGCUAGAGAGCUUAAUGAUGUCCAUUUGCCAGCGAUUCGAAGCUUGCCAGUUGUCAGAAAUGGUCAGUCUGUACAACUCCUUGAGCCGCUGGAGCCCGCACCUGCAGUUUACUCCAGUAUUCGCACAUCUCUGGAGCCUAGUAUUCCUCCACUGUCAAUGCCGUCGUCUCCACACCGUACGGCACCGUCAAAUGGACCCUCUCCACUUGCUUCAGGAUUGCAACAAACGACCCAGUCUACCAGUGGCUCCACCAGUCGAGUAGCUGUUAGUGACCUCAUGAACCCCAGCUGA